GGUGAAGGCACUAUGCAAUGCGAUGUUGAGGUGCAAAGAUGGAGAUGUGUGGUUCAAGCGACAUUUCAGUGUCGUGGUAGUCAGCACUCUCGUUGCAAGUGAGCAUAAUGGGUAUGUCAACCAGAAGAUAGUCCAUAUGUUGCAUGAUGUUGAUCGGAUAGCUGAUUUAGAUUGGUGUGGGUUUUUGUUGAAAAAAUUGGUCAACUGUCAUGAGGAUUGGUCUCAACGUAAGCGUCUCAGGUUCACAGGACCCAUCAUCUUCUUAACUUUACUGUAUGUUGACAGGUUAGUAAUAGGCAAGCGUGACGUUCAAAGGGUUGUGCCGUCUUUGAAGGGAUGGUCGACGAAGAUGUUAAAGGCAAUGGAAUCCUUGGAGAUUACUUAUGGUGGCUUUGGACUUGGGCGGUUGGAUGCACCACUUUGCCAGGAGAACAACCCUGGUGUGUCUAUUGGUCAACAGCUUAUCGUGGGCAACAGAUCAAAGGUAUUGUAAUAGAGCACUA